AUUUCUUCUUCAUUGCGUCACGUGUUUCUGAACAGAUUUAUAUAUAAUCUAGAAACGUCUCAACCAAAUCCAUACACUUAAAUUUAAACAGUCAUCGAAUGCCAUGGAUCGUAUCAUUGGAGGCAUUGUUGGUGUGGAGUUUUCAUACUGAGAAUCACCUGAUGAAUCACGAUCAGUGUUUGUGGUUGAAAAUUCAAAUUGUUUUAUGGCAGUUCAGCCUUUUUGGUGUUUUAAUGUUAAAUCACUAGAUUCUUACUCAUGAGUAUGCACGUUGGAAUAUCAAAUUACUCUGAAUUCAGAAUUCCAAUGGAUGAGAUGGCUCUUCAGGGCCUGGCCUCUUUGGCUAUGGCCCCUGAUGCAGAAUCCCAAAACAAGGCUGUUCAGUUUGUAGAGCAACUUAAACAGUCGACGGAUGGUUGGAAAAUUUGUGCUCAAGCCUUUACAAGUGGACUAUAUCACCAGAAUGACCACGUGAAGUUCUUCUGCCUGCAAGUGUGUGAAUAUGUCCUGAAGACAAGAUAUGUGCAGGCAAGUUCAGAGGAUAAGACGUCGAUGAAAGGAUUCAUCAUGGCUUGUUUGGAUAUGGAGGCGAAUGCAAGCUCUCAAAGCAAGCCGUUCUUGAGAAACAAACUAGCCCAGGUUGUCUCUCUUGCCUUUGUGGUAGACUACCCGCAGCACUGGCCCAACUUCUUCAACGACACGCUGGUGACCUUGACCCAUGGCCCCCUGGCCGUUGACAUGUAUCUACGCGUGCUCAUGGCUAUUGACGGGGAGGUUGUUGAUCGAGAUAUUGCUCAUACCGCAGAGGAGAGUCAAAGGAACACCCUCAUCAAGGACGCUAUGAGAGAACAAAGCGUGAACCAACUGUCGGACAUGUGGUUCCAGGUCAUGACAACCUACGAGUCAUCCCAGCCAGACAUCGUGAGCAUGUGUCUGGAGAUUGUGGGCAGAUACGUGUCCUGGAUGGACAUCGGGUUUUUCGCCAACGACCGGAUGGUGACACUACUGCUCAGGUUUUUAACCCUUCAGAGUCUGAGGGAGUCGGCGUGCGACUGCGUUCAUGAGAUAAUCAGCAAAGGCAUGGAGCCCGUGGGCAAGACUUCACUCAUCGAGUCUUUUGUCAGUGUCCUUGAUAAUGCUGGGAUCUUCAAGGUUGAUGAUGGGGAUGUGGACUUUCUGUGUAAACUGGCCAAACUUAUCAAUGGCAUGGGACUGGGAUUGAUUUCCAGCUGGCAGAAAUUGUCCAAAAUGGGAACCACCAAGAACUCAGAGACCACCCGGUCUGCCCUGGAGUCCAAGGUCCCCUACAUGUUACGUUUCCUCGGAGAUGAGGAUGACGACGUCUCGGCAGCGGUCCUUGAGUUUGCCACCGAGUAUAUUGCUAUGAUCAAAACGAUGCCAUCUAUGAGUACAGUCCAGAAGAAACACAUUGAGGGACUGCUUGUCACUAUCAUCAAGAAGUUGAAGUACGAUACAGACUAUAACUUUGAUCGUGAGGGUGAGGAUGAGGCAGAUUUCCAAGAGUACAGAAAACAAGCCAGAGUGAUUUUCAACAACAUUGCCGGCUUGGACAGUCAGAUGAUCUUGGUGCACGUCCACGAGCUGGUCUCUCAGACUCUUCCACAGUGGAAGUCGCUGGACUUCAGGGAUGUUGAGGUGGCCGUGACCUUGUUGUACAGUCUGGGCGAGGCUAUUCCGGCCUCUCAUGGACAACAUUUCAGCGGGAACCUGGAGAAGGCGUCGGCCCUGCAGAGUAUGAUGAGAACUCUGAUCACUAGCCAGGUGAGCCGGCACGGCCAUGUUGCUGUCCUCCUUCAGUUCUUCGAGACUGUCGUCCGGUAUGAUCGGUUCUUUGCUUGUGAACCACAGCAUAUCCCAGAGGUCUUGAUGGCCUUUUUGGAUGAGAGGGGUUUGCGGAAUGGUUCGCCAAAAGUGCGCAGCAGAGUUGCCUACCUUUUUCUUCGCUUUGUAAAAAGCACAAAUCUUUCUGUGUUUUUCAGGUCCCACCUGACCCCAUAUCUGGAGGAGGUACUUAAGCAGAUGCAGGACCUGCUGACCAUCAAUUCCCCGGACAACGGGCUGACUCACUCACUCUCUGAUGGUGACCAGCUCUUUAUCUACGAGACGGCCAGCACCUUGGUGGUUUCCAGCGCUCUAGAGCCAGAGAAAAAGGAAGUGCUGAUGAAACAAUUACUGACUCCGAUCGCCUCAAAGUUUGACGCCAUGUUGAACCGGCUGCGCCAGGAGACAGAUGAAAAGCGCCAACAAGCGUAUGCAGAGUGCAUCCACAAUGCCAUGUCGCUUGCCAGUCGGGCCAGCAAAGGUUUCUCAGGCCAGCUGACCAUGAAGCAGUGCGGCUGCGUCUCGGCUUUCACUGAGCUGCUGUCUAUCUUCCUGGCCGCCCUGGAGGUGUCCAAUCAGAGAGGUUCUCUGCAGUCAGGAGUCCGACAGUACUUGCAUCGUAUGGUUGUGUGCCUUGGACCUGAGAUUUUGCCAUUUCUCCCUGAAGCGAUGGAGAGGUUGUUGAAACAGCCUGAUGCCCGAGAACUCUAUGAUUUCCUCCCUCUGGUCAACCAAAUUAUUAUGAAAUUCAGGGGCGACAUCGUGCCAUUCCUGAGCCAGGUGUUCAUGCCACUGGUGAUGACCAUCUAUCGCGUUCUGGGCGCACCCUCCGACCACAACGACCGCGUCUCAGCCGAGGAGAAGAAACUGUUACAGCGAGGCUACUUUCUGUUUUUGGCAACAAUUGUUAGCAACUGCUUGGAUGUUCUCAAAGCUCAAGAAAUGCAGAACCUAAACCAGGUGUUGAUGUCCAUCAUCAGUGGAGCCGUGGAGCUGCCAGAUCCCCAGAGUCAAAAGUCGUGUUUCUCCAUCUUGAAGAAGCUUAUCGAAGUGUGGGGAAAGGAAGGCUUGGAUGGUUUCCCAGAGUUCAUGUACAAGGAAAUUGUUCCUGCCUGCUUCCUUGCACCGAUGAAACCAACCUUUGACCUUUCUGAUGGUCAGACUACCUUGGCCCUUGGUGAAUGUGCCUCGUGUAUGCAAGAAAUCUUCAAGCAAAGGGGGCAAGAACUGCUUGUGUUUCUGAGAACUGAUUUCUUCCCCUCCCGAGGAAUCAGUCCUGAUGAUGCAGAGUAUUACAUAGCAAAUAUGCAGACAAACACAAAAGCUUUCCGGUCGUGGCUAAAGAAUUUCUUUGUCCGUGCCAAGUCAUGACCCACAUGAAGAGUAGCUACACUGAUGUCUCAAGCCAUGUCGCUGUGACAGAUCACGAGCAUUAGAUCAUACCCAUCAUUGUUACUUCCAUUGUGAUUAGCAUCUUCAUCAUCCACAUCAUCAUUCUCAUUUGUUUAACAUUUUUGCAUUUUAUCCACGUCACAUUGCUGAUGCAGACAACUCUUCUGUCAGCCCAAGCUUAGAUAAAUCAGGGCCACUUGUAAAACUCAAGGUGAUGAAAUGAUAAAUUAUUGCAAUAAUUC